CUUUUUGCUCAACUUCGACGUAUCAUCAUGGCCGGACCCGACGAUGCGAUCACAGCCCUACCGACCUCGCAGUCCAAGCCCGAGUCCGAGGAGGAAGAGGAUAAAGAUGGGGGAGAGAGGAGGAACGGGUACAGCACGGCGUGACCACUACAUGACCCCACGAACGGAUCAUCUUCAGAGUCCGAGUCUCACUUACCCCGACUGA